AUGCUGCGGUUCCUACGCCGGACCUUUGGCCGCCGCUCCAUGCAGCUCUACGCGCGGGGCGCGGCAGGGCGCGGGGCCGCCGGGCUGGGGGACGAGCGCGACGGGGGGCCGCGGGGGGGCCCGGCCGCCGCCGCCGCCUCCUCGCCGCUGCCCGCCGCGCCCGGGGGCAGCGUGUUCCCGGCCGGCGGAGGACCCCUGCUCACGGGCGGCGCGGCCGUGCACAUCUCCGCCGCCGGCGCUGCCAAGGCCACCCUCUACUGCCGCGUCUUCCUGCUGGACGGGACCGAAGUGAGCGUGGACCUGCCGAAACAUGCCAAAGGCCAGGACCUGUUUGAUCAGAUCGUGUACCACCUGGACCUCGUGGAAACAGACUACUUCGGCCUCCAGUUCCUCGACUCUGCCCAGGUCGCGCACUGGCUGGAUCAUUCCAAACCCAUUAAAAAGCAGAUGAAAAUUGGACCUGCUUAUGCUUUGCACUUUCGAGUUAAAUAUUAUUCUUCAGAACCGAACAACCUUCGUGAAGAGUUUACAAGGUACCUGUUUGUUUUACAACUCAGGCAUGACAUUCUUUCAGGAAAAUUGAAAUGCCCAUAUGAGACGGCUGUGGAAUUAGCUGCUCUCUGUCUGCAAGCGGAGCUUGGGGAAUGUGAGCUUCCAGAACACACCCCAGAGCUUGUGUCUGAGUUUCGGUUCAUUCCAAAUCAGACAGAAGCGAUGGAAUUCGAUAUCUUCCAGAGAUGGAAAGAGUGCAGGGGAAAGAGCCCUGCCCAGGCGGAGCUGUCCUAUCUGAAUAAAGCGAAGUGGCUGGAAAUGUAUGGGGUAGACAUGCACGUUGUCAGGGGAAGAGAUGGCUGUGAAUAUUCUCUUGGACUGACCCCGACAGGCAUAUUAAUCUUUGAAGGAGCUAACAAAAUAGGCUUAUUCUUUUGGCCUAAAAUUACCAAAAUGGAUUUUAAAAAGAGCAAAUUGACACUGGUGGUGGUGGAGGAUGAUGAUCAGGGCCGGGAGCAGGAGCACACGUUUGUAUUCCGCCUGGACAGCGCCAGGACCUGCAAGCACCUCUGGAAAUGCGCAGUCGAGCACCACGCGUUCUUCCGACUGCGGACGCCGGGGAACAGCAAGUCGAGUAGAUCAGACUUUAUCAGGCUGGGGUCCCGCUUCAGAUUCAGUGGGCGGACGGAAUAUCAGGCGACCCACGGGGCCCGGUUACGAAGAACCAGCACCUUCGAGAGGAAGCCUAGUAAACGCUAUCCGUCCCGGAGACAUUCGACAUUCAAAGCAAGCAACCCGGUGAUCGCCGCUCAGCUCUGCUCUAAAACAAAUCCUGAAGUCCACAAUUACCAGCCUCAGUAUCAUCCCAAUAUUCACCCCAGCCAGCCACGGUGGCACCCUCACUCUCCAAACGUAAGGCCAUCCUUUGAGGAUGACAGGCCGCAUUGGAAAGCGCCGGCCAGUGCAGAUGACAGCCAUCUCGAUUAUGUCCACAACCAGAACCAGAAGAACUUAGGAGGCGUGCAGAGUGUGGUGUGUCGCGAUAAACUCAUGACUGCGCUUUGAGGGACCGGCCAUCUCGCUUCCAUGCUCCAUCCCAGUGGCAUUCCAUCCCAUGAGAGGUGUCUUGGCGUCGCGUGGCUGCGUUUGUAAAGGUGUCUGAGGAAUAGUUCUGAAAGGCGUUUUCCGUGUCCGUGUAAAUACUGGAAAGUAAUCCCCAUAGCUAGUCCUAACGUACUGUUGACUGCAAUCUCAAUAAAAUGAAGGUAGGUAAAGGCUCAGGAAUCACGCUGAUGUUCUGAUUUUAAAAUUGGAGUAAAAGUCUAUGUGUAUUGUAUUGCUCUGUACCUGAUACUGCUUUGUUAUUUAAUGAGUGGGACCAAAUAAAACCAGGGAAACGUGGGAAGAUAGCUCUGCAGAGAGUACCAGUAACAUGGUGGGGAUGGAGAUGGCUGGGGCCCAGCCUCUGCCAUUGUGUGAUCUUAGACAAGCCAUUGCCCCCUUCCGGGCCUCGUUUUCCUCAUCAGAAAAGACUGGGUUGGACUAAUUGAUCGUCAAGGUCCUUUCCAACUCUAAAAUUCCGCGAUCCAUUGAAAUUUACUAUUUCUAGGCUGAGGCUAUAACAUUCAGACGAUCUCAGAGGAAAAUGGCAACAUCCCCUUCUCUAACAGAGGCCACCCCAUCCAGAAGCUAAAUGAAGUGUAUGAACUGGGUAGAUGUUCUAUCAUGCAGGGAGACUCUGAAUUUCAGGUCCGAGGACAGUUUAGCCACUUGGAAUUUUAGAGGUUUGACUAAUUAAUCAUAAGCUGCAUAGCAUCCGUUUUGGUAGGAUUUGCUGCUCGAGAACAAGAAUAAUUUUUUUAAUGUCUUAAUGAUUGGUGCUGCUAACUUGCAUGAUUGCAGAAGACAUGAUUAUGGAUAGGUGCUGUCGGAAUUUGCAGAACUUGAGGGUUGGGUGUUUACCCUAGACUUCACUCUUUUAUAAAGCUACAUGCAAUCUGAGAUGCAUAUGGCUUAAGAUUUUAACGAAGUUGUGCCAAAGCAUUCUGUAGAUGAGGAUAGGAGGGGUGUUGCACAGUCUUUUGGUAGAACCAGGAAAUUAAUUUGUUGUCUUUUAGGAUAGAACUUGUACCAAUAUAUUUAUUUUCCCCCAUUUCAAGCCACGAGUCAAACAUCAUUUCUCUCAAUAGGUAGGCCUGAGAUGUUUUUCCUUAGUAUUUUUGUGAAGUCAGUUCCCGUGCCAUUUUUAUAGAUGUCAUCGUAAAUUCGGCCCAUUUCAAGCCUUUAACAACAUGUCUUGACAUCCCUUGAGAAUUUUAUUGCUGAAAUCUGAAAAAUUUUCUUUGGCUGCCACAAACACCUCUCCAGAAGGAGGGAAUCGGCCGCGCACCCUGCACGGUGGGGUCUGUGUCGUAGAAACUCCCCCUAAGACAUUUGUUUACAGGUAUAUUCCUGAUGCUCCCCACGUCCUGAUGCUCCGUGUCUGUGCUGCGUCCAAAUAAAUGUGUUCUGAAGCUUUUAAUCUUAUUGAUACGUUUUUACAAAUGUGUUUCCCAGGAAUAAAGAUUGUUCUUGCUC